AUGCCGCUUCCUCCAAAGAAGUACGGUUUUGUCGUUUCCAAAACUGUGUCAUAUAUUUUGGCGGUGUCAUCACACAAGUAUAUCACAAAUGUGCAGCUGCAGUAAGACAAUUAGUGAUGAAAAAUAUCAAGACCCUUUUCAGCUUGGUAGAAAAGACUUGAAAAAUCUCUAUGAGGAUAUUAAAAAGGAAUUGCUUGUAUCUACAGCAGAACUUAGGGAAAUGUGUGAAUAUUACUUUGACGGGAAAGGAAAGGCCUUUCGACCAAUGAUUGUGGUGCUAAUGGCAAGGGCUUGCAACAUUCAUCAUAAUAAUUCCAGGGAGAUGCAAGCAAGCCAGCGCUCUGUGGCCAUAAUUGCAGAGAUGAUCCACACAGCUAGUCUAGUUCAUGAUGAUGUUAUUGAUGAUGCAAAUUCUCGGAGAGGAAAAAUGACAGUCAAUCAAAUCUGGGGAGAAAGGAAGGCUGUUCUAGCUGGAGAUUUCAUCCUCUCAGCUGCUUCUGUAGCUUUAGCACGAAUUGGAAAUACUACUAUCAUCUCUGUUUUAACUCAGGUGAUUGAAGAUUUGGUGCGGGGUGAAUUCCUCCAGUUGGGUUCCAAGGAAAAUGAGAAUGAGAGAUUUGCUCACUACCUCGAGAAGACUUUUAAGAAGACUGCAAGUCUUAUAGCAAACAGUUGUAAAGCAGUUUCUAUUCUAGGCUGCCCUGAUCCCAAAGUUCAUGAGAUUGCUUACCAGUAUGGGAAGAAUGUUGGCAUAGCUUUUCAGCUAAUAGACGAUGUGCUGGAUUUUACAUCAUGUGCUGACCAUCUGGGGAAACCAGCAGCAGCAGAUCUCAAGCUGGGAUUGGCCACGGGCCCUGUCUUGUUUGCUUGUCGACAGUUUCCAGAAAUGAAUGCUAUGAUAAUGAGACGAUUCAGUAAACCAGGAGAUGUUGAACGUGCUCGGAAAUAUGUGCUGCAGAGUGACGGGGUGCAGCAAACGACCUACCUCGCCCAGCGCUACUGCCACGAAGCCACACGGGAGAUCAGCAAACUGCGGCCCUCGCCCGAGAGGGAGGCCCUCAUCCAGCUCACGGACAUGGUGCUCCUGCGGGACAAGUGAGAGCGGCUCCCGCGCGCCCAGGCAGCUACCGACCAGACUGUGCCUACGCUCACUCUCCAAGUUAGUCGCUUCCAAGACAGGCUACCAAAAACUAUUUUUUUAAAAGAAA